AUGCUCCCGCCUCAUCUUACUUUGCUGGUUUAUUAAUUGCAAGUAUAGUCCUGUAAAUUAAUUGCCUCACCUCCUGCCUCAAUAAUAAUAUCCUAUAGAGUUUGAACUUAAUAACAACAUUACAUAAUUCUCCUUUAGGUCAUGUUGGCAUGUAACGCCUUGGAUAUAUUUUAGUUGUAACUCAUAAUUCUCCUUUAGGUUUUGCAGGAACUCAUACUGUUUCUAACUAUUGCUUGAUGUUGAGGUUAUGGUGGAUUGGUGGGGCUACCUUGUACCGUUGGAUUAAUACUUGAAUUGGCGAAAGGUGCUUUUGGUUUGUUUGAUGGGGUUGUAUUUUGCUCCUUUUAUAUAUCCGGAGAAACAAAAAUAGCUAUUGAAAACAGUUUAUUGUUCUAAAUUUAACCAAAGAGGCAAACUAACCUGUUUGCACCUUUAUUGUUGAUAAGAUUGAAUCCUUUAAUGUCAAGGAACAGAAUUUGCAUUAUUAUUUUCCCUCAAUAUAUGGAUGAAAGUAUGCUUUUUUUAUGUGUUUUUUUCCUAUAUAACAAUGUAUCUUUGUGAGUUCCAGCAUCAUUUCAUUUACCUAAACAAAUUUGAAAUGGUGAGAGCAGUUCUUGUGCUGUUUUUCAUAGUCGCUGCUCUGACUAAUGCUCAUGGAGUUUUGCCUGGUGGGGCUCCACCGCUCCCCUUCUGCAAUGUGAAUAGCGACUGCUUGCCUCUGUGCAGGCAGUGUGCGAUCUGUGCUUGCUGUGAUGGCGUUUGCUAUCGUGGCUGCUCUCGAAAGGCGCUGGGGAUUGAUCUGUCGAGCAAAGCAAAGGUGAUGAAGAACUGUUUGCCUGUUUGAACAACUCAUUUGAAAUAAUAUUAUGUUGUCUUGUAAGCAGUGAUGCAACUCUGUUUCUAGUGUUUUGCCUAAAUAAAAUGUGAGUUGAGUACCCAAGAACAAGUGUGUGCCUAUGCUUCACCAAUAUAAAGAAUAAUAUAAAUGACAAUUAUACUUAUCUUU